AACCACUCCCUCACGUCAUUCCGUUUCCAUUUCAAACAACUCACAUACAUUGCCGGAAAAUCAUACUCUCCGCCGUACCAUGGCCACCGGUGCCGCCCUCUCCUCCUUCUCCGUCAACAUUCGUACAAAUCCUCCGGUCAAAAUUUCCGGUUUCGAUUUUUCAUCUUCUACUACUACUCAACUGUCUCCGUACAAGUCGUAUUCGCCUCAUUUCGCUUUCUGUUCGCGUGGAUCAUCCCGUAUCGUUAGCAAACUGUUAUUCAGGAGCAUUGUUAAAGCUUCCAUUGAUGGUGUGGACUCAUUGGGUAUAAGCUCCCUGGAUGCUGAUAUCCCUACUCCGAUUGUUUUAAUCGAUCAAGAUACAGAUCCAUCUGCAACUAUUGUACAACUCAGCUUCGGUGAUCGUCUUGGUGCCCUCAUUGAUACAAUGAAGGCACUGAAGGAUCUAGGCUUGGAUGUAGUGAAAGGAACCGUCACGACUGAAGGAACAGUCACACAAACAAAGUUCUUUAUUACUCUAUUAUCAUCUGGGCGUAAAGUUGAAGAUCCAGAUCUUCUGGAGAAAAUCAGAUUGACCAUCAUAAACAAUCUCUUGAAGUAUCAUCCUGAGUCUAGCUCACGACUUGCAAUGGGAGAAGCAUUUGGAAUACAAGCUCCAGUCAAGAAGGUUGAUGCUGAUAUUCCAACUCAUAUACAUAUCAAGGAUGACGGGCCGAAAAGGAGCUUGCUGUGUAUAGAGACAGAAGAUAGACCUGGAUUGCUCUUAGAAAUAGUCAAGAUAAUGGCAGAUGUCAAUAUAACUGUGGAAUCAGCUGAAAUUGAUACUGAAGGUUUGGUUGCGAAAGAUAAAUUUCAUGUUAGCUACCGGGGGGCAGCUUUAAACGAAACUUUGUCUCAGGUGUUAAUGAAUUGCUUACGCUAUUACUUUAGGAAGUCGGAAACAGGUGAAGAUAGUUAUUAGGAAAGCAUUUUAAACUCCACAUGUCGUGUUCUUGUAAGUCCUUUUUUACAAAAUAAUGAAUGAAUGUUACUUUAAACUCCCAGGAGUUGGAAAACAGUGAUGAUUAAAGUUGACUUUUAAUUUCUUCCUAAUUACGGUUUGGUUGGUUAACAA